GGGAGGGGUGUGUGUAUGGCGGUGAGAACAAAUGUGAGCUUAGACUGUACAACCUAGACUGUAACUCCCCCUCCACUCCAACCCUCACUCAAAACUCCCAAAUAGCUGACAUAAAUGACAGUCGUCAUCGUAAGUCUCUUUCUCUCUCACUUUUCAUCAUUUCUCUUCUCUUUCUCCCUUUCCAUACUUCUAUAUUUCUAUUCUUCUAGCUCUCUCUCUCUCUCUCUUUCCAUAUUUCGAUUUUCCUUCCUUUUUUUCUCUCUCCCUUUCAUUCUUUUCUUUCUCUUUCCCUAUUUCCAUCGUUCUAACUUUCUCUUUUACUACCUUCUGUAUAUCUCUAUCUUUCAAUUCUUCUCUUUCGUUCUUUCAUUUUCUUUUUUGUCGUUCUAUAUAUUUCGUUCUUUCCAUUUUCCUCUUUCUAUUCUAUCAAUAUUUAAUAAAUUCCUCACCUUGGACAGUGAAUAACUCUUCAUACGUUCUGGAUAAAUUGAAAGAUGUGUCUAACACAUCUGCAAAUAAUCACCACUACCAUCGCUACUACUACUAUCGUGGUCCUCCCUCUACCACUCCCACUAUCAUCAUCACCACCGCCGCCACCAUCAGGGCAGUCUGACUGAUGAAAAUGGCAGGAAUUUGUCGGGUUUUUUUUUCUCUCUGAAACAAUGAAGGCAGAUUCCUCCUAAUUUUGGUUAGCACAUUGAGUUAGAAAGACAAACACAUAGUGACAGACAAGGAUAGAUUAAGUGAACUGGACUAGCCGCUCCAGUCGAUGGUGGUGGCCAUUGGCAACAUAUUUAAAGGGUACCGCAUCCGCAUAUCCAUAAGCUGCAGAGUUCCUUGUUAGAAAUAUGAAUAAAAGUCCAGUCGGCGCCAAGGCCCCUACCAAAUCCAGUUUCUACUACUGUGAGCAUUGCAACUUUAGUACCGUGCAUUACAGCCGAAUGAACAGUCAUUCCGUUGUGCAUUCGUCCAUGCGGCCUUAUCAAUGUGAACAGUGCAGCUAUGCAGCCAAACGCAAGAGUGACUUAAAGAAACAUAUAAUCUACCGACACAAGAUAGAGUACCUGGGUAAGUCCAACAGUACCCCAAAAGCAGCACCUACCACUGUACCUUCCACGAGCUCCACCUCCACCACAACACUUUCAGUCAACAAAUCACAACAAUGUACCACAGCUGAUAAACCUUUUGUUUACACGCUCCUGGCUGAACAAGUGGCUCCCUCACCACUCAGCAUCAAUGAUGAAUCUAGUGAUGUUUCCAUCCAGAGUAACCCAGCACUCGCUACUAUAAAGCUGGAGAUAAAUGAUGAUGUGGAGAUAGUACCAACGCAUCAGAGUCCGUUUGAGCACAACAACACAUUACAGCAAACAUCAAGUUCUUUGUCUGUUGAUGUCCCUAUUUCUGUGUCUUUACCAUCCACCAUAUUCCAAAUGACUAAACUAGACAAUAACAAUAUCUGCAUGUCCAGUUUAGGGGGUUCACAAAUAAUAACGACACCAAUCAGCAACCAACAGACCGAAAACCCCAAUAGUAUUGCCACUAACCAGUUAAUUUUCCCCCGUAAUAUUGUAGUGACAACGAAAGAUGCUUCUGUUGGGCCCAUCCAGAGUUCGUUCUGCACCCACUGCCAGCUGCUAUUUUUUGACAAUGGGCUCUAUGCAAUGCACAUGGGAUUGCACCAUGCUGAAAACCCCUGGCAGUGCAAUAUUUGUGGUCAAGUUCACAAUGAUGUUUAUUCAUUUACCCUUCAUUUUAUAACACAUCACCAAACAGACAUGAAACAAUCCUAAACUUCAAUUUUUGGUACUUCCUGCUUUGAGAGUCUGGUGUUGACAUUUCACUUUCUAAGUUCAUUCUAUGAGUCAGCUGGUUGUUCUACAAAUGUCCUGUCUUUCUGAAAGUACAUUCUUUAGUUCUCCAGUCUGGACACUUAACCUCUGCUCUAUGACACAUUGGCAUAUGGUACCCAAAGACAAAUAAAUUCUAACUCAUUAACUUA